AUGAAGCGCCCCCUCUCUUCUAUCUCUGCAUCCAAAAACGAGCACUACGACGAUCGGACAGGCCGUAUCAAGCGUACGAGCAACUCUUUCUGUGAACAUACUAUGGACGACUGGCUCCAGAAGGCGCCUGACGCGUUCGAACAAGCGUCAGAUCGAAGCGGCAGCAGAUACACUCGCAAGCACGACUACCGGUCGCACCCAACUAGUCCUACAAAGACAAACCUACAAUAUCGCGAGAUCGCCGUGACAAACGAAAACGUCUAUGUUGAUUACAUGUUGAAACCUACCUCAUCUAAAAUUUGCGAACUGAUAGCUUCAAGAGAAGUCUAUGCAGGGAAGUACCAAGAGGAUCUACCGUACACCGGCCUCACAGGAUUCGAGUACAAGAACCAACAGACCGGUGCGAAUGACUACAUUAAUAAGCACAACCCAGCCGUGCUGUACGACUCUGUAGCCGACAAGGAGGACCGUCUUUCCAAGAUCAAAAACUCGUCAUCAUGAACAUGCCCCCUAAAUUUCCACACUCUUGAUUCAUCACUUGUAGAUUGACAAACAGAGCGAAGUGUCAGAUAAAGAGCAAUAAGAUAGCAUGUUGCCAACAGAAGACAACUGUCUCAUGAUACAGUUUCUUGCCCGACAAUAGGAUUAGGAAAUAUGUAUAGGAUCUCUACAAAU